AUGCCUCCACGAAGAGUUGUCAAAGGUCAUCCUGCUAGACGCAAUAUUGAGGAACAAGAGUUACCCAAUGCACCUGGAGUGCAACCUCAAGGAGAAGUCACCAAUGUUGAGUUCCGUGAGGCUAUCUGGAUGCUAAGACAAGUUGUGACUAACCAGGAUUCUCUAGGUGUUUAUGAGUAUGGGUUGAAGUUCACCCAACUAUAUCGUUAUGCUCCGAAAAUAGUUAAGGACAUGAGGAGUAGAAUGAGCUUGUUUGUUGCUGGAUUUUCCCAUCUAUCAAGCAAAGAGGGCAAGGCUGCGAUGUUAAUCGGGGACAUGGACAUAUCAAAGGUUGAGAAAGAGAAGCUGAGUGACAGGGAAGAGUUCAGAAAUAAGAAAGUUAAGACAGGAAACGAGUCUGGGCAGCAGAAAGGUGAGUACAAUGGCCAGAAGUCGCAGAACUUCAAAGAUAGACCUGCACUUUCUCAAGGUAGUGUGGCACAAGGAGGUAACUGGGCUCCUACGUGUAUUAAAUGUGGUAGGAUCCACCCAGAUUGGGCUGCACCUAGAGGAGCUAUUUCUGGUACUGGUGGAGGAGCAAACCGCCUCUAUGCAUUCAUUACUUUUGAUAUUUAUGUGUUGCUAGACCCAGGAGCAAGUAAGGCUAAUGUUGUUGUUGAUGCCUUAGGCAGGUUGUCUAUAGGUAGUAUCGCCCAUUUUGAGAAAGAUAAGAAAGAGUUAGUAAAAGAGGUGCAUAAACUUGCACGACUAGGAGUUCGACUAAUUGAUUCCACAAAAGGAUGA